ACUCUCGGUCAAAGAGGGUGACAUAGGAGGAGGGCUCAGCCAACAGAACCUUUGGACAUGGGGCAGUGUCCAGAGGGCCAGCAUGUGGCCCGUGGACGAGGAGGACAUGGCUGGGUUGCAGGCCUGGGCUCCAAGGAUUGAAGUGAGAGCAGGCAGCUGUGGACCUCACGAGGUCUCCUUGGGCUGGCGGUUGACCCAUUCUUGCAGCAGCAGCUGUGGGGUCCACCAGCCCUGAGCCCUCAGUGGGGUGGCUGUGCGGGGGCCUCCUGCCUCUGGCCUUGAAACAGCCUCACUAGUGCUUUCUCUCUAGGCAGCCAUGGGUGCCAGGUGGUGCUGAGAGCAGUGGGGUAUGGCUGCAGGCCUGCAAGUCCUGGCCUGCUUGGCCCGAGCACCCUUGCGCCCGCUCCUCUUGGGGAGCCCAAUGGCCCGGCUGGCCAGUGGCAUGGCCCUGGCUGAGCAGGCACGGCAGCUGUUUGAGAGCGCUGUGGGUGCUGUGCUGCCGGGUCCCAUGCUGCACCGGACACUGUCUUUGGACCCUGGCGGCAGACAGCUGAAGGUGCGAGACCGGAGCUUUCAGCUGAGGCAGAACCUCUACCUGGUGGGCUUUGGCAAGGCUGUGCUGGGGAUGGCAGCUGCAGCUGAGGAGCUUCUGGGCCAGCAUCUCGUGCAGGGUGUGAUCAGCGUUCCCAGGGGGAUCAGUGCUGCCAUGGAGCAUGCCGGCAAGCAAGAGAUGCUGCUGAAGCCACACAGUCGUGUCCAGGUAUUUGAGGGUGCGGAGGACAACCUGCCGGACCGUGAUGCUCUGCGGGCUGCACUGGCCAUCCGGCAGCUGGCUGAAGGUCUCACAGCUGAUGAUCUGCUGCUUGUGCUCAUCUCAGGUGGCGGCUCUGCUCUGCUGCCUGCCCCCAUUCCACCUGUCACCCUGGAGGAGAAGCAGACACUCACCAAGCUGCUGGCAGCCCGUGGAGCCACCAUCCAGGAGCUGAACACCAUCCGGAAGGCUCUCUCGCAGCUCAAGGGAGGGGGCCUGGCUCAGGCUGCCUACCCAGCCCAGGUGGUGAGCCUGAUUCUGUCAGACGUGGUGGGGGACCCAGUGGAGGUAAUUGCCAGUGGCCCCACUGUGGCCAGCAUCCACAGCGUGCAAGAUUGCCUGCACAUCCUCAAUCGCUAUGGCCUGCGUGCUGCCUUGCCACGUUCUGUGAAGACCGUGCUGGCUCGGGCUGACUCAGACCCCCAUGGGCCACACGCCUGUGGUCACGUCCUCAACGUGGUCAUUGGCUCCAAUGCACUGGCACUGGCCGAGGCCCAGAGGCAGGCUGAGGCGCUGGGGUACCGGGCCGUGGUGCUGAGUACAGCCAUGCAGGGUGACGUAGGAAGUGUGGCCCAGCUCUACGGGCUGCUGGCCCAAGUGGCUGGGGCCCACCUCACUCUGCCUGGGGCAGGGGCCUCUGUGGAGGAGGAGGAUGAACAAUUCCAUGAGCUGAUGUCUGAGCUCCGGCUCCCAGACCUGCAGCUGAGAGAGGCCCUGGAGGCCGUGGUGGGGACGGAGGGCCCUGUCUGCCUGCUGGCGGGGGGCGAGCCCACAGUGCAGUUGCAGGGCUCAGGCAUGGGGGGCCGGAACCAGGAACUGGCCCUGCGUGUUGGAGCAGAGCUGGGACGACGGCCUCUGGGGUCUGUUGACGUGCUGUUUCUGAGCGGUGGCACCGAUGGGCAGGAUGGGCCCACAGAGGCGGCUGGGGCCUGGGUCAUGUCUGACCUCACUGGCCAGGCCACUGCUGAGGGCCUGGAUGUAGCCACCUUCUUGGCCCACAAUGACUCACAUACCUUCUUCCGCUGCUUCCAUGGCGGGGCACACUUGCUGUGCACGGGGCUGACUGGCACCAAUGUAAUGGACAUCCACCUCCUGUUCUUGCGGCCGCGGUGAUGGCACAGGUUUUAGGAGUCCAGAGGUAGCCCACAGGGCAGUGUCCUGGGUAGACCAGGGUUGGUCCCCAGGCCUCACCAGGCCUUAGGGCCCCUCCUCUCCUUGAUGCUGGGUGCUUGCUUGGACCGCCUACCUCCUACCCAGGCCUUCUGUCCCAUGUCCAUUCCCGCAAUCAGACUGGCAGCUGGGGGCUCUUCUCCACCCUUACCCUCUGCCAUGGCAGCAGAAACCCCUGAGGAUCAGGCUGAGCCCCUUGGCCAGUUCAGGAGCCCCUCUGCCAAGCUCCUGAGCCUGCUUUUCUGUGGACUGAAGCAAGAAGGACUGAAAAUAAAAGGAUCACAGUGUGGGUU